AUGCUUGAGCCACUUGACAUGUUUGAAACUCGUACAACACAAAAUACUUAUGAAUUUGGCAAUGCAAAAAAUUUAUUUAAUGCUGAAUUGGGUAAUACAAAUAAUUUUUUUAAUGCAUUCGAUUAUGAUGACUUAGAGAAUUUUUUCAAUAUGUAUAAGUCUGAUAAUCUGAAGACCUUUUUAAAUAAUAUAUUUGAUUCUAAUAACACAUCAACUUUCAAUAUAUUCAGAUCUAAUAACCUGGGUGAUUUUUUUGAACAAGCUAAUAAUAAAAGUGGCAGCGGUCUUGAAAUUAUUUCUGGCAUGAAUAUAGGGCAUAAUACUGCUAAUCUUAGGAAUGAUGAAGUUAUAGGAUAUACAGAAAAUUCCUUAAAUCCAUCCUUAAAUGAAGUAAUUGGUUUGUCGAAUAUAACUAAAUUAGAAUGUGGAUUUGCGUUUACAAUUACCCAUAGUAAAAAGGAUAAAGAAGAUGAGAUUUCCCAGUGCCGUAUUUAUAAAUAUAUGAAAGGUUGA